GUAGAUAAAGGAGGACAACUUCUUUCAUUUCUUCUCUCGCACUGCGAACAAGGCAGACCGUAUCCCCCACCCAGAGCCAUUGGUGCAAAGCUCGACAUGGUGGCGGCAGCAAUGUCGAAACCUUCAUAUAAGAUAAUUUUGGGUUCGGCGUCAAUGGCUCGGCGGCGGAUUCUAGCUGAGAUGGGUUAUGAAUUUACUGUCAUGACUGCAGAUAUUGAUGAGAAAAGCAUUAGGAAAGAUAAGCCUGAAGAAUUGGUGAUGGCUCUAGCUGAAGCUAAGGCAGAUGCCAUCAUAGCAAGGCUUCUGAACACAGGUCAACUGCAGAACGAUACUGAUAUGACGUUGUUAAUUACUGCUGAUACGGUCGUGGUAUAUAAAGGAGUGGUGAGAGAGAAACCAACCAGUGAGGAAGAAGCAAGGGAAUUUAUAAAAGGCUAUUCUGGAAGCCAUGCUGCAGUUGUAGGAUCAGUCCUUGUAACCAAUCUCACUACAGGUUCGAGAAGGGUAACUUGGGAGAGAGCAGAGGUAUAUUUCCAUGAGAUACCCGACGAAAUCAUCGAUAGCCUGAUCGAGGAAGGAAUAACUUUCAAAGUGGCUGGAGGUCUAAUGCUGGAACAUCCAUUAACAUUGCCCUUUGUUGAAGCAGUGAUUGGGAAUAGCGAUACUGUCAUGGGGCUUCCAACCGCUCUUACCCAGCAAUUCAUUGAUGAAGUCUUGCAGCCUCUGAAGCCCUGAUAAAUAAAAACUCGGUUUAUAUGUAUUCGGCAUCUCCAUAUGUAGACAGACAUAUGCUUCAGUCUGUAUAAAUGCCCGCAAAACCUCUGCUUUUACUUGCUCCAGCUUGUAGCACUUAUCCUCUG